AUGCUGCAGCCUCUCUACUGGAACAAAAAAAUACUAGUUGCAUGGGUGUCCGGUAGAGGGCCACAGUUCAUCAGCAAACUCAGCGAUGAAGAGCCUAGUCGAAGGACUCACACAUCAUUUACGGGAGGCGUUAGGGGACCCAACAAUACCUCUACCCGUGAAGAUAUACAGGCACAGCUGGAUUACGGAUCCGUUAGUGUGGAGGCAGCUAUUCGUACCUUACAACCUGAUUCUGUGAAAUAUGUACCUGACGCGUUUGUGAGGAUGGCCGAGCCGAUAAUUAUCGAAGACAAGCCUGUAGUGUGCUUCGCUGGAGAGCAUACUCAUCCGACCAUGUACCAGACAACGAUCGGCGCCUACGAAUCUGGAGAGAGAGAAGCCUUCCGUAUUAUAGACCAUUUAUCCCUCAAUAUUGGUUGA